AUGCCUCAAUUAUAUGCCCCUUCAGGUCAUUUACUCAGUCAAAAUUCAACAAAUUUAAAUUCGUCUGUUAAUACUAUACUAAAUUUGAAAAAUUCAUCUAAUUAUAUACUAGGCCCAAGUAAGCAAACAACUUCUAUUAAUAGUUUAGCAUCUUUACAAGCAAGAGGAAAUCAAUAUACUGGUGUUGCUAGUUUUAUCCAUAGGAGAGCCGCACGAGUUUCUAGAUCACCAAGCCCUGAAAGAUUCCUUCAAAAUCAUAGCAAGGAGUCAGAAUCUCAGAAAAUUUCGUCUACUAGUAUUAAUAGUACAACUUACGAUGUUCCUUUUUCAGGAAUUAUUGGUUCUUCUUGUAUAUCAUCAUUGAGCUAUUUAGCAAAUAAGCAACAGGAAAAACGAUCAGCUUCUCUUGGAAAAUUAGUUGAAAAUAAGGAGAAUUAUCAAACUGUUCAAACGGGAGUCCUAGAACAAAAGCUUGAAAAAGAAAUAUUAGAUCUUAGGAAACAGGUCACUGAUCUUAAGAAAGCCCUUGCUUUAAGAGAUGAGGAGAAUUCUAGACUUAAAAUGAAGCUAAAUUUUUUACAAAACAGACCUGGAAUAGAAUCCAUGCCACCUAUAAGAGCUAAAGAUCGUCAUACUAGUAAAAGUAUCUCACGUGUUGUAAAAGAUGAUGAAGUUAGUUUGUAUGUAUGUGGUAACCCUAGUUUAAUAAAUAAAAUAUCUGUUAGUGAAUUUCAAGGUAAACCAUGUUUAUGGAAACCCAAUAAGAAUAUAGCACAAAUUUUACUUAGAGAAUGGAAAAUAAGUUGGGUAUGUGUUGAGGGGAGACGUACUAGUAAAGCUAUGCCAAAUCAAGAUGAUUUUUCAAUAUUGAAGUUGAAUAAUAACACUACAAUUUUAGCUGUUUUUGAUGGUCAUGGGCGUUAUGGUCACAUUGUAGCUUCACUUGUAAGGCAAAAAAUUUGUAGGGGUCUUAAAAAGUUAUUUGAGGUAUCAGGAACUACAGAUAUGCAUAUGAAUGCAUCAUAUAACAUACAAAUGGUAUCAUUUGACCGUUUAAAGGGAGUAUAUGAUCUAUUUGAUCAAGUACAAACAUCCCUUGAAAAGGAAGGGCAAUUUGGAUCAUCAGGGACUAGUGUAACUGUAGCAGUUAUUCAUAAUGAUAGAUUAUUGAUGAUACAAUUGGGAAGUUCAGGUGGAUUAAUACUGAAUUCUGAUACAGGUCAGAUAUUAUACAAAACUAAGGUCCACACUCUGGAUAAUACUCAAGAACGCUCAAGAAUUAUAACAAAGGAUGUUAUAGUCAAUGAAAAAGGUAGAUUUGAAUUAUUAAAUCACCUUCAUAAUUCUAAUAAUAGUAGUUUAUCUCUUAAAACUUCUUAUUCUUUAACUAGGAGCCUAGGAGAUACAGAUGGUAGAAGCUUAGGAAUUUUAAAUAGACCAGAUAUUUGGGAAACUAAGGUUAGUCAUAAAGGAAAUGUGAUAGUUAUCAUAGCUACUGAUGGAUUUUGGGAAUAUUCUGAGAAAAUAAAUACUAAUUUUGCAAAGCUCACAAAUCAAGAUGAACUUGAGUCUAUUACUAUGAAAUGCCAAGAUUGUUGGAUGAAGAUGUCAGGAAAUACAUCUGUAGAUGAUAUUACAAUAAUUACAAUCCAGAUUUAA